AUGUGGCAAAUGUCUAAAAAUGUUUGCAUUUAUAGGGUGCCUGAACCCUUAAUGGUUUCCAAUCGCCAAGCCUAUAUUCCUUCUGUUCUAUCAUUUGGGCCUUACCAUCAACAGCUAAAUCCUGAAUUAUCUACAAUAGAUAAAUAUAAACUGGAAGCAGUUCAUAGAACAUCGGCAAGACUCCAGAUUGAUGUGAGCAUAUUAGUUGCAGAGAUUCAUAAGCUAGACAGUGAAAUCAGAGAAUGCUAUCAGGAACCAAUAGAUUGGGAUGAGGAAAUAUUAUCUUGGAAGUUCCUAAUGGAUGCUUGCUUUAUUCUCGAAUGGUUUAGACCUCCGGAGAGAGAGACAGAUUGGUUUAGUAUCUUUUAUCAAACGCCCACAGACGAUGAUGGACAAUCAAAAGAGGGUAAACAUCAUUUUGAAAAUGUUAUGAGAAUUAUUGACAAAAAUCCAUUCCAUUUAUUGGAUUUGUAUAGAAUGGUGAUUAAAGAUCUACUAACAUUUUCAAGCUUAGAAUUGACUAAUGCUAUUGAUGGUGAUGACAAUGGUGGUGCUCACAACAUCAACAAUGACCAUAGACCUAGUUGUGUGCAACGACCAUGCUGCAUCAAUAUACAUAGUUCUUCGCCAACACGAGCUCCCGUUCAGAAGUCUACCCCUAGUGCCGAAUUAUUAUGCCAGGCUGGUAUCGACUUUGCACCAGGAAAAUUGGAAUUUAAAAAGAGAAGGCCUGAAAAAGGAACGCUUUUCCUUCCUCAAAUCAGCGUGGGGGACUCUACAGAAAUAUUGUUGCGGAAUUUGAUGGCUUACGAAGACUGUCAAAGAGCUUUAUGGUCUCCUGAAGAGACAAUAAUCUCACAAUAUGUAAUUUUGUUCGACUAUUUAAUCAGUUCAGAGAAAGAUGUAUCUAUACUUCAAAAAUCUCAAAUCAUUAACAGCUUGCUUGGCAGUGAUGAAGAUACAGCUCGAAUGUUCAACCAUCUUGGAAAUCAUAUGACAUUCCAUCCAAUUAAACAAAUUGAGAAUGUAACAAUAAAGGUGAGAGAACAUUGUAGCAGUCAAUGGAAGACGUGGGUGGCCCAGUUUAAAGAAGAAUAUUUUUCAAUGCCAUGGUAUGUUGUCUCUCUUGUGGCUGCAACAGCCCUAUUGGUCAUGUCAUUUAUUCAAACUGUGUAUGCAGUGAAGAAGUAG